GAAGCGAGAAGCGAGAGUUUACUUUGGACCUGAUCUCUCUCUUUCUUCAACUCUCUCCACCGUCAGCUCCUCCCUGGUCCCCCUUCCAAGCAUCUUCAACCCUCCCCACUCUCUUUCGAUCACUUUCGAAACAAUAUUUUGUGCUCAAAAAUUAUUUCCUGGGAUUACUCUCGGAUCUGAUCUGAUCCAGAGGCCUUCUCUCAAAUCUCAGUUCCAAGCCUCAAGAAUCCUAAAGUUUCGGUUUUUAUAGCUUUUCUCCUGGGGAAAAUCUUCUAUUCUGCCAUGUUUCAAUUCAGUUCUCUUCUAAUCCGAAGUCUAAUCCCCCAAUGGAGCUGGAAUUGGUGAAAAGUUGUCGCCUUUUUGACACGCGGUCGUGAGGGAGGUCAUGGGUCGGGCUUCCCCUUUCUUCUUGGUCCUUCUUUCUCUGGGCUUCUUCUUCGUGACCUACAAUCUUCUGACCAUGGUGAUCCACUACCAGAGUGCAGAAGGGGGACAAGAGUUGAUCACUGGGUGGUCUUCGACCCGGUUGUAUGAUUCGAAGAGAUUGAGCGAGCCCAAGAGGCUCUUCCAUGUAGCCCUCACGGCGACGGAUGCUGUGUAUAGUAAGUGGCAGUGCCGGGUGAUGUACUAUUGGUACCAGAAGAUGAAAGACGUGGAAGGGUCGGAGAUGGGAGGGUUCACCAGGGUGCUGCAUUCGGGGAGCCCGGAUAAUUUGAUGGAAGAGAUUCCAACCUUCGUCGUGGAUCCCCUCCCGGAAGGUCGCGAGCAGGGUUACAUUGUUUUGAACCGACCAUGGGCAUUUGUGCAAUGGCUACAAAAAGCAACGAUUAAGGAGGACUAUAUACUGAUGGCAGAACCAGAUCACAUCUUCGUGAACCCUUUGCCAAAUUUGGCUCGUGGAAGUGACCCAGCAGGGUUCCCAUUUUUCUAUAUUAAACCAUCUGAAAAUGAGAAGGUAGUGAGGAAGUUCUUCCCGGAAGAUAAAGGCCCUCUGACAGCUAUUGACCCUAUUGGCAAUUCUCCUGUGAUUAUUCAGAAGUCCGAGCUAGAAAAGAUUGCUCCUACAUGGAUGAAUGUUUCAUUGCAAAUGAAAGAUGACCCAGAGACUGACAAAGCAUUUGGAUGGGUAUUGGAAAUGUAUGCAUAUGCAAUUGCAUCUGCAUUGCAUGGUGUGCGGCAUAUUCUUCGUAAAGAUUUUAUGAUACAGCCUCCUUGGGACUUAAAGGUUGGGAACACAUUUAUUAUUCAUUAUACUUAUGGAUGCGACUAUUCCUUAGAGGGCAAAUUAACUUAUGGAAAAAUUGGGGAAUGGCGAUUUGACAAAAGAUCAUAUACUCGCAAUGCACCACCAAGAAACCUUUCCUUACCUCCUCCAGGAGUUCCUGAAAGUGUGGUCGGUCUGGUUAACAUGGUUAAUGAGGCUACUGCUAACAUCCCCGGAUGGGAAGAUGGUAGAUAAUUGCAGUAUCUAAGCGCGAAGAAGUAAUUCAACACAUGUAGUCUCCAUUAGAUACCAAAUACCCAAAGAAACCACACAAGAAUGACAGGGUAACAGUUUGAUAUAGAUAUGAAAGCAGGAGAGUAUGGAGUUUUGAUGAUUUAAAUGUCUAAAUGAUACUCUUCCGUUAACAGACAGGACAAGUUUUCAACAGAAGCUCUGCUGCAGUUUGACUGUUCAAGCUUCUUCAGGGAUUUUUUUUUUCUUUUUAUUUACUCUUUUGUUUUUCUGGGGAUUGAGUUUUAUAUAGUAGAUCAUUCUUGUUGGAACAUUGAUUACAAGCUGGACUUUUUUUUUGUGUGAGUAUACAAGUAGGUUCUGGACUCUUUUUAAAGUAAUGUACUCAACUACUGGCAUUCAAAGCUGGAUUGUGGUGCUGU